GGGCAGGGUGAUGCAGGAGCUGCUGCAGCAUCUCUGACACAGUGUAGCGUGACAAACGCAGACGGAAAAGGCAGGAGGAAGGAAGGAAGGAAGGAAGGAAGGAAGGAAGAAAGGAGGAGGAGAAGGAGGGAAGGUAGGAGGAAGAGAGACAACUCUGUCAAAAAAAAGGACGUCGGCGGACAGAAGAAGGGAGGAGAGUGUGGAAGAGAAGAAGAGCAGAGGGUGUUGCAGCCAUGAUGUCGGACACACCUUUGCGGAGGAAUGGCACGGCAACAAUACGGAUGUCGUGCGAGGAGGCUCAGCUCCACAAGGAGAGGUUGCAGGCAUUGGCGGAAAAGCGAAAACGUCAAACUGAAAUCGAGGACAAGCGAAGCCAGCUCGAUGAUUUGGUUUUACAGCUGCAACAUGUCAAGUCCAAAGCCAAGCGGGAGCGAUGGCUCCUCCAGGGUGUGGCAGCGGAGGAAGAAGAGGCUCGGAGGAAACAGUUGGAUCAGGAUGAAGAACACGGGAAGAACCUGGAAGACUUGAUUCACAGGCUUGAGUCAGAAAUCAGCCAACUUGAAAGUGAAGAGUCUCAGAUCUCAGCUAAAGAACAAGUUCUCCGAGAACGCUUGAAGGAGACGGAGCGUUCAAUUGAGGAUCUGCAGAAGAGUCUGAUGGUGCAUGAUGGAGAGACCACCUGCUGGCCGUCGGACCACACGGACCUCCAUCAUCCCCACCAGCUCAUCUCCACCUCGCUGCCCCACAGCAGCACACCUGUGCCUGGGGAGAAGGCUGCUGCCACACCUGCAGCCAUGUUUGCGAUGGAGAGCCAGGUGCAGCGUGACCCUCACAGCGGCCAUCAGUGCGUCCUGUCGGCCAAUGGCGUGAGUCGCUCCUCAGAGGCGGGGCCCCGCGGCGUCAAAGUCUACGACGACGGCAGGAAGGUGGUGUACCAAGUCUCCUCCGCCGGUGGCGUGUCCACCAGCUCCUUGGAGAACGGCUGGAGCUCCUCCCAGGUGGAGCAGCUCCUCCAUGGAGCAUCCAGACCGCUGGGUGACACCAAGGGUCAAGUGUCGGUGACCCCCGCCGCCACCUGCAUUUCGCCAGCAGAUGUCAAGGAUCUGUCCCCGCCUUCCUGCGCUCCGCCAUCCAUCCCGUUGAGCCCGCCCGCCCAGGUGGAGACCGGACCGGGCACGACGGCGCCCAUCACCACGCAGCCCGGCCCCUCGCAGCUAAGCCCCGCCCCCUCGCAGCCAGUCACCAUGGUGUUCCUGGGCUACCAGGACCUGGAGGACACCAGCGAGAGCAGGCGACUGCUGGGCCUGUUGGACGCCACGGUGAAGGCGGAGGUGGUCCUCAUCGACGAAGACGACGAGAAGUCUCUGCGGGAGAAGACGGUCACCGACAUGUCCAUCCUGGACGGCACGGCCGCCGACCUGGUGUCCGGUCGACCCGCCACGUCUGAGGCCGCCAGCACGGAACUCUCGUCUGACAGCGCCGCCUCGCCCCCUCACCGCCCCGACGCCAACAAAGCCCCGCCUCCCGGCCUCACACCUGCCACAGGCCAUGGGGUUGCCGUGACAACAACAAAGGACCAUCAAGCGGCAAUGCCAAGCAGACAUCCUCACACUGCCAUGAAAUUGUGGCAAGAUGACAGUGGCACAACAACAAAGGAGCGAACCUUGAAGACAGUCAGUUUCCAGGAAUCAGUCAGCAUCAUAACUGACGGACCACUUAUCAUGGAAGUGGAGAGCCAGCAGAUCCAGCAUGGCGGCCUCAGCAGACCCACUGACCAAGGCCACAGUGACAGUGAGCUAGAACAGGAGAUUCGCUACCUGGACCAGGUGCUAGAUGCAGCCUCAGAAACACCCACCAAUGGAAACUCAUUAUACACCACACCAGUUAGCAUUGAUGGAAAAUAUUCUUCUGUGAGUGUGUCCAAUUCAACUCCUGGAUAUCAGCAGCCAAUCACAGUGGAGGGGCCAAGACAAAGCACCUUCGUACACCAGGACCACGUGGGGACAAAAACUAACGGACAUGUACCAAGGGAGGAAUCCAACCACACCAGUGCUCAGUUUGAGCUGAGAGCUUUUCAGGAAGACAAAAGGCCCGCAAAACUUUUUACUCCAGGAGAGGAGCAACAUGUCAGAGUGACCAGGAUACGGGAUUCAGAGGAGGUCCAUGAGUUGGAGCGUGAGCGCCAAGAGCUCAUCAAAGAUCAGGCGGUGAAGAAAAACCCUGGCAUUGCUCAGCGUUGGUGGAACCCUCCGCAAGAGGUUCCUUUGGAGGAACAGCUGGAUGCGGAACAACUGGAGUCUCUGAAAAAGUACCAGGAGAGGAAACAACAGAAGCAUCAUCAAAGCUAUGCACACACACAGCCCCAGCUCACUGGGCCCCCCACCUUGGUGACCCUUGACCCAGAGCUAAUCAGGAAGGAAGACAUUCUAGAAAAAAAGAUUGACUUCUCAUCUGCCCGGAAGCAAUUUCUGCAAGGGGAAGUGACCAAAAAUUCUGUGGCUCCUCAUAUGUACUGCGCCAGGCCCUUCUCAAAGUCCGUGCCAAUGGGCAACCAUGGGAGCAACAGCAUCGUUACAGAAAGCGCAGAGUGUAACGUGACCUGGUGUGAUGAUGGCAUUCCAGGAGAAUUUACCAGUGUUCGAGCUGUAAUGACAAAUCUCAGUGAUGAAGAGGAAGGCAAGAGCCACUUCCACCCAGAGGAGUCCGACUCGGGGUUGGAUGAGUUUUCAGUGCGCUCUCAGGACACAACAGUGUUUAGCUUGGAUAGUGUUUCAGACAGCGGAGCCUCACUUCCCCCGACUCCUCUGCCACUUACCCCAGUAUCACCGCCUACACCCCAGCCUACUACCCCAGUCAAUGGGCAAGCCACCGCCAAUGGGGCUGAGGAGGAGCUGGAAUAUCAGGCAGAAGUACUUGUCCAAAAUGUCAUCCAAAAUGCCCUUUCCACCAAUGGAGGUGACUGGCAGUUCGAUUCUUUACAAAUGAGCAGCCCUGUGUCUUCAUCCUCAGCUUCAACAAGCAGCCCAGUGCCAGUUUCCUCUUCCCCUCUGUCUUUUGGGGAAUCUGACUGUCUCCAAGCCCCUGUGUUCUCCAGCCUUGAUACAUCUAACUCAUCCCCACAGCUGGACCGGUUGCCAGAGGCACAGGUUGCUUUCCCAGAGAAGCUGAUAGAAAGACAAGACCAGCAACAUUUAUCCAAUCCAACCCAGCCAUCUCCAACUCCUUCUCAACCUGUCUCUCCACCACAGAGACCCAAAGAGAGAGGACCCAGGAUCAAGAUCCAGUCUUCUUAUACCAGAGCGCUUGCUUCCUCAGCUCCGGUCACUGCUCCAGCUCCAUGCUCUAUCCCCAUAGCUUCUGUCCCCAGGCCACCACCCGUCUGCCGUCCCCCUUCUCCUUCAAGCCCAGAAAAGUCGGACUUCAGCUACUUCAGUAAAUAUUCCGAAGCAGCUGAACUUCGCAGCACGGCGGCAGCAACCAAAGGCCCUGAGGUGGAGGUGGCGAGCGGGCCGUUCCGCCUGCGCUCCAAGAAGCAACGUACAUUGUCCAUGAUCGAGGAGGAGAUCCGAGCGGCUCAGCAGAGAGAGGAAGAACUGAAGAAACAGAGAGAGGCUCAGCCUGCUAUCGUUCCUCAUGCCGGGAACGUUACCGGCAGCAGUCAUGUUCCUGCAAAAUCAGGACCGCGGAAAAGCAGCAUAAACCCGGCAGACAAGCUGAAGAGCAACAGCCUGCCAACUAGACUCACGCUGACUGCCAGAACAGCACCAGGAAAGAUAGAGAAGGUGCGAGCAGGACCGCCUGUGUCACCCUCACCUUCAGAAGGAACUCUGUCUGACGCUGGCAGUGAGGACUCAGGAGGACCACGACCCAAAAACUUCAUGCAGACCCUGAUGGAAGACUAUGAAACACACAAGGUGAAAAGGAGGGAACACAUGGAGGACAACAGUGUGUUGGAGGCCACCCGUGUGACCAGGAGGAAAAGUGACAUGGCGGUGAAGUGGGAAGCAGGCAUUUACGCCAAUGAGGAUGGACAAGAAGAAGAAGAAGAAGAAGAAGAAGAAGAAGAAGAAGAAGAAGAAGAAGAAGAAGAAGAAGAAGAAGAAGAGUAAAGAUGGAAUGGAGGAAAGAGUAUUUAUUGAUGAUGAUCACAUGACCUCAGUUGGAUGGUGAAGGUGUGAACAGUUAGUAGUGAGUACGUCAGGUAAGCAGAAGGUGAUGCAAGAGACGCUUGAAGGACUUGCAAAGUAUUCACAGGGACUUGGACUGUCAAUCAUUCUUGGAAUGAAUGAGUGAGUGAGUGAGUGAGUGAGUGAGGCUCAUGCAACAUGUUGUAUCUCCAUGACACUCUUUAGUCAUACAACAUGUUGUAUCUCCAUGACACGUGUGAUGAUGUCAUCUUUAGUCAUGCAACAUGUUGUAUCUCCAUGACACGUGUGAUGAUGUCAUCUUUAGCCAUGCAACAUGUUGUAUCUCCAUGACACGUGUGAUGAUGUCAUCUUUAGUCAUGCAACAUGUUGUAUUUCCAUGACGUGUGUGAUGAUGUCAUCUUUAGUCAUGCAACAUGUUGUAUCUCCAUGACACGUGUGAUGAUGUCAUCUUUAGUCAUGCAACAUGUUGUAUCUCCAUGACGCGUGUGAUGAUGUCAUCUUUAGUCAUGCAACAUGUUGUAUCUCCAUGACGCGUGUGAUGAUGUCAUCUUUAGUCAUGCAACAUGUUGUAUUUCCAUGACACGUGUGAUGAUGUCAUCUUUAGUCAUGCAAGAUGUUGUAUCUCCAUGACACGUGUGAUGAUGUCAUCUUUAGUCAUACAAGAUGUUGUAUGUUCAUGACACGUGUGAUGAUGUCAUCUUUAGUCAUGCAACAUGUUGUAUCUCUCCAUGACACGUGUGAUGAUGUCAUCUUUAGUCAUGCAACAUGUUGUGUCUCCAUGACGCGUGUGAUGAUGUCAUCUUUAGUCAUACAAGAUGUUGUAUGUUCAUGACACGUGUGAUGAUGUCAUCUUUAGUCAUGCAAGAUGUUGUAUCUCCAUGACACGUGUGAUGAUGUCAUCUUUAGUCAUGCAAGAUCUUGUAUCUCCAUGACACGUGUGAUGAUGUCAUCUUUAGUCAUGCAACAUGUUGUAUCUCCAUGACACGUGUGAUGAUGUCAUCUUUAGUCAUGCCACAUGUUGUAUCUCCAUGACGCGUGUGAUGAUGUCAUCUUUAGUCAUGCCACAUGUUGUAUCUCCAUGACGCGUGUGAUGAUGUCAUCUUUAGUCAUGCAAGAUGUUGUAUCUCCAUGACACGUGUGAUGAUGUCAUCUUUAAUCACGCAACAUGCUCCUGGUUGUGCCUCCAUGCCUUCAUGACACGUAUGAUGAUGUCAUCUUUAGUCAGUCACACCUUGUCAAUAAUCACUAAUAGUCACACUCAUGUCUGCUCACCAGAGUGCGUUGUCUCCCAAGUUGAGCUAUGGAAAUAUGAGGAAUUAGGAUCAGAGCUCACCGACAUAGUAACUAAUGACUUAUUAUUCUAUAUUGGCUUUAUAAUGGUAAUAUCCUUGAAGGGAAAACAUAUCAUGUUGUUAGUUUGCUCACUAAAAAGCAAAAAUGAGCUACCAAAAAAAAGGUCCAUGUCACAUAUUUAAUAGACGUACUUUCAUGUCAUGAAACACACAAAUAUGUCGCAAUAGUCAAGAAUGUUUGCAGAGGAAUCACAACAUUG